UUUUAUAAUUUGCUAAUUUGGGAUACCUGUCUAGGUUGUGAGAAGUUUUUUUGAGAAAGGGACCAGUUUUGGGGAUUUUUUAGAUUUGGGUUAGAAAGAGGGGCAAAAAAAAGAAAAAAACUGGUGAAGGAGGUCUGUCCAUGGUGGCUCUCUGCGAUUCAAAUUCCUCAGCCAACACAGCUCAUAUAAUAAGGUGGCUGAAUUGUUAGAGCAAGUGGGAGCACAGCGAACAUCAGACUGGAAGAUAGUCUAGGAAUAUGGAGUGCAACAAAGAUGAGGCUACCAGGGCAAAAGAGAUUGCGGAGAAGAAGUUCACUGCAAAGGAUAUUAUGGGGGCAAAGAAAUUUGCGUUGAAGGCUCAGAAUUUGUUUCCAGGGCUAGAGGGUAUUCCCCAAAUGUUGGCGACCCUUGAUGUCUAUGUUGCUGCAGAGAACAAAAUGAAUGGGGAACCUGAUUGGUAUGGGAUACUGGGUGCGGAUCCGAAAGCAGACGAUGAGACAGUAAGGAGACAGUAUAGGAAACUAGCUCUUAUGCUUCACCCUGACAAGAACAAGUCUAUUGGAGCUGAUGGAGCAUUUAAGCUACUUUCUGAAGCAUGGAGUUUGUUGUCUGACAAAGCUAAGAGAGUAGCCUAUGACCAGAAAAGGAAUGCAAAAGUACACCAAAAAGUUGCGACUGCGAGUGGGGCUUCACAGGCUUCUUCAGGGGCCAAUGGUUUCUACAAUUUCACAAAAAGUACAACGUCUGGCACAAAGACUCAGAAGGGUACCACACGGGCUAGCCGCUCUUCAGCUCCUGCUUCUUCUCAUAAAGCAAGGCCUAGUACCUUUUGGACUGUGUGUCAUAAAUGCAAAAUGCAAUAUGAGUAUCUCAGAAUUUAUCUUAAUCAUAAUCUUCUUUGCCCCAAUUGCCAUGAACCAUUUCUUGCUGUAGAAAUAGUUCCACCACCUAUGAAUGGUUCCAAGUCAGCCACUGCAUGGAAUUCCUCACAGCAGCGGCAGACUCCAAAGCAUGAAACAGCUAAUAAAAACACAUUUAAUACAGGGAGGAGUAAUGCCACCUCUGCAGGUUUCAACGCACCUGAAUCAUAUAACCAAAACAGCUUUCAGUGGGGUCCAUUCUCGAAAGCAUCCAGUGCCUCUACGGCUGCCCAAGCUGCAAGCGUGGUUCAGCAGGCCUAUGAGAAAGCAAAGAGAGAGCGCGAGGAGGCUCAAGCAGCAACAAAAAGAGAGGAGGCCUUGCGGAGGAAGGAUCAAGCCUCCAAGAAGGUGAGUGGUGCUUCAUCUACAGGACACCCUAAUGCUGCAAAGAGAAGAAGAGGCAUGGAGGAGGUUAGUGAGAGCAGCUAUGGAAAGGAUGUUACAAAUCAAAUGGGUGUGGGAGCUGGAGGAGCUGGAUCGGUUAAUUUUUCUGGAUUGAAACAGGCUAGUUUUGAAUCAGGUAGGGUGAAUGGAAACUCCAGGACCAGUAUCACAAGGGAUAUAUCCCUGCUUGAAAUUCAGAAACUACAAAGGGAGAAGGCAAGGAAAGAAAUUCUAAAGAGACUGAAUACAUCUACUGUAGCAAAAAAUGCAGUCAAAGAGGUGGGGAGUGCGAAUGAGAGAGAAAAACCUUUGGGAAACAUUGACGUGCGACGCGACCAAAACAGGUGUCGUGAGCCAGUUGAUACAAAAAAUGGUGCUAGUGACAGGAAACCUUCUGGAUUUUCUGGUGUCCGCUCAGAUGCAGAAACCUUGGAAACAAUGUCAAUAAAUGUUCCUGAUCCUGAUUUUCAUGACUUUGACAAGGAUCGAUCGGAGAAGUGUUUUGAAGAAAGUCAGGUCUGGGCUGCUUAUGAUGGCGAUGAUGGGAUGCCCAGAUAUUAUGCCUUAGUUCAUAAUGUGAUUUCUUUGGAUCCGUUCACAAUGCGGAUCAGCUGGCUGAACUCAAAAACAAAUAGUGAAUUAGGGCCUCUAAGCUGGGUGUCUUCCGGCUUCUCAAAAACAUGUGGGGAUUUCCGAGUAGGGAAAUAUGAAGUGAAUAAAUCACUCAAUUCUUUUUCGCACAGAGUUCGGUGGACAAAAGGUCCACGGGGCGCCAUCUGCAUAUACCCCAGGAAGGGCGAUGUUUGGGCCCUAUAUAGGAAUUGGUCCCCUGACUGGAAUGAACUCACUGCAGAUGAAGUUAUACACAAAUAUGACAUGGUAGAAGUUGUUGAAGACUACAAUGAAGACCUAGGUGUACUUGUAGCUCCCCUUGUUAAAGUGGCUGGGUUUAAGACAGUAUUUCACCGGCAUUUGGAUCCUGAAGAAGCCAGGAGAAUCCCCAGAGAAGAGAUGUUUCGGUUCUCUCAUCAUGUCCCUUCAUACUUGCUUACGGGUCACGAGGCUCCAAAUGCUCCAAAGGGUUGUCGGGAGCUGGAUCCAGCAGCUACUCCAUCGGAACUUCUUGAGGUAACUAAAGGUUAAAGCUGAAGACAAAAAGUAGAAUGAUGCAAAGUUGAAGUAGAUGUAGUGGAUGACGAUGAAAUGCUAAUGACAUAGAGAUGGCAGUGUAUUCCAGUACUGUCAAGGAGGGAAGAAGACAAAGGGAGUGAUUUAUAAUAGAAACUGUGCAGGAUAUCCAGAAAACAAAUCAAGAUGAAAGAGUGGAGCAUGCUUCAGAAACCAAAUUGGUUGAGUAUUGGAUGACUUGAUUUGAUGCAGUUGGAAUUUAUUGACUUGGUUUAAGAUUGGAUCAAAAGUGUUUCAUUAUCUUUUACCAACCAUGUAAUGUUGGGGCUAUGCAAUAUCAGCUGAAGUUUUGUGGGAAGUUCCUAAUGAUAAUACUUACCUUGCCAUUAUCUGCAGCACAGAUUUAGUUUGAUAGGUAAACAUCCCUUGUUUCCUGGAACUUGAAGAAGCAGCAAAAAGAUUGAAGGUCCAUUUACGGCAGCUCAAUCGAAGGUUUCGUUGAAGGAAAUAGAAUAAUUUACAUACCCUCUUCAAACAGCCAUGUUUAGUUUUUUGAAAAAUAUCUCCUUAUUGGUUGUCCAUGAGCUGAUGCUCCAUUUCCUUGAUGUAGUUAUAGUUCUUACCUGCCCAAUUUUCAUGUCUUAUGAAAUUCCAUGAUCUUACAUAUUUUCUGUAAAACAGGUACUUUUGUUAGUUCUUCUGAUUAAUGAUCAAACAGUAGUGCCACUGAUACCCAUUUGAUAUUA